CAUCCAUAUCCAAAUUUCCAAAAUCCAUUCCAAAUAUGUCGGUUAAUUGCACAUUGUUGAGUGAAACCAACGCGUAACGAAAUUACAAAACUAACCUUUCCGAUCUGCUUCAUCCUCUUCUCCCAAACUCUGUUCCCAACAAACAUUUCAUCUCUUAAUCCAACAAUUUCAAUCAAACACCUGAAUCCAUUUUCAUGGCUUAAAACUUAGAAAGAAAAAAACAGUGCAUUUUUCAGUUGAAAAAGAUACAGAGAAAUAGAAACUUCAAACCUGGCAAAUCUUGGGGGAUUGAGGGCUCGAUCUUCGUUGAAGCAACCUUCCCCUGAUUUCAACGACGAGGACGAAGAGUGUAGACCUUGGCGUCGAAGAAUCACUAUGGCUUUUUCCUGGGCUUCUGCCUUCAGGAUCACACUUCUUCUUCUUCUCUUUGCUGCUGUUAUCAUCGCUUGUUUCACUCUCCCUAUUGAAAAGAUUAUGAAGGACUUCUUAAUAUGGGUUGAUCGUGAUCUUGGGCCAUGGGGUCCACUUGUUCUGGCCGUUGCUUACAUUCCUUUGACUGUCUUGGCAGUUCCAGCUUCAGUACUUACUCUUGGUGGUGGUUAUCUUUUUGGGCUUCCUGUGGGCUUUGUUGCUGACUCUAUUGGUGCAACUGUUGGAGCAGGAGCUGCAUUUCUUCUCGGUAGAACAAUUGGAAGACCAUUUGUUGUUUCUAGGUUGAAGGAUUAUCCACAAUUUAGAUCAGUGGCAAUUGCAAUUCGGAGAUCUGGCUUUAAGAUCGUAUUACUGCUCCGGCUUGUUCCACUGCUACCAUUUAACAUGUUAAAUUAUCUGUUGUCGGUGACUCCUGUUUCAAUUGGGGAAUACAUGCUAGCUUCCUGGUUAGGAAUGAUGCCAAUAACACUGGGACUAGUAUAUGUUGGAACAACUCUUAAAGAUCUUUCUGAUGUGACACAUGGUUGGAGUGAAUUUUCAAAGACUCGAUGGGCAUUUAUCAUUAUUGGUCUCGCAAUAUCGAUGGUUCUUAUGAUAUGUGUUACUAAAGUAGCCAAGUCUGCUUUGGAUAAAGCCUUGGCCGAAAACGAAGACAUCGACGGGACAUCCUCACCGGAGUUACCUGUGGUUGCUGAACCAUCUUCAAAUCUCAACCAACCACUCAUUAUUAAGAUAGAUUCUACUGAAGACAAUCAUGAAAAGUAAAUUCAUUUUUUGUGUAAAUUCUUUCUUUCUCUCCUCAUAGUUGAUGUUUUUUUUAUAUUCAUGUUCAAGAGAUAGCUACCAGCUCCCUCCUAUUUAAUUAUGAUUUGUACAGUUCCAACAUUAGAAAUAUAGUUUGUAACAGGAAUUUUUAAUCCUACAAUCAAGACGACAUUAUCAACUAUGACGAAAAAGUUCAUGCUAAUAUGAAUAAUUCCUAAUUCUCUCCA